AUGGAGCUUCCUGAUAUUCCAGUCUCGAUUCCCGAAUUCAUUGACUAUGUCAACCAGCAUCCAAAUUCCCAAGCUGGUGUUGCAAAAGCAGUCGAACCAUUCAAAGCUUUCGAAAGCAAGCUCAGAGAAGUCUACGCACAAUUCCCUACUGACCCUGCUGCAACUGCCAAUCAUCUCGUUCCCGUUUUUGACAGUGCACCCCUCACCAUACGAGCAAGAGACCUCAGCCAAGAGUCAGCAGCCGGACAAGAGAAGUAUUUGCUAUCCCUUCCCGAUGAGCUCCGGAGAAAGCACGACUCUCUGGCUACUGUGCAAUCGCUCAAGGAGUUCAAAACCAACUUCAAUGUUUUCUCGGAGUCAGCGUUGGUUGACCUGGACUGGAGCAAUGUGGUCGUUGCCGGAAGCGCUGUCGUUACGUCUUUGCUACCGGUGGAUGCACCUCAUAACGAGUCCAAGAGAGCCCUUCGAUCAUACUACCAUGAAGACCUCGCACCUGCCUCUGACGUUGACAUCUUCCUUUAUGGGUUGAAUGAGGAUCAGGCCAUUGAAAAGAUCAAACAGAUCGAGACCAAAAUUCGCGAUAGCAUCCUCGCCGAGACUACUACGAUCCGCACGAAGAAUGCCAUCACCAUUGUCUCGGAGUACCCGACUCGCCAUGUGCAAAUUGUGCUCCGCUUGUACAAAAGCGUCUCUGAGAUCCUCACUGGAUUCGAUGUCGACUGCUCGUGUGUAGCCUACGACGGCGAACAAGUCUGGGCCUCUCCGAGAGCACUGGCAGCAUUCAUGACCCAAAUCAACACAAUCGAUUUGACCAGAAGAUCCCCAUCGUACGAGAAUCGGCUCUCAAAGUAUUCUCACCGUGGCUUCGAAGUGUACUGGCCGGCGAUCGACCGGACUCGAAUCGAUCCCACAAUAUUUGAACGGUCAUUCACAAGAGUCCAAGGUCUAGCACGAGUUCUUGUCCUGGAGAAGCUCCCGCACCCGAACGAUCGAGAUACCUACCUUGCCCAACGUCGAGAGGAAAGAGGCCGCCCCCCAUUGCCAUGGCAAAAGCGCUUUCGGCAUGAACUGCCAGGAAACAUCAAAGACGCCCAGCCAGAUGACGUGGCCGAGUGGGUGGAAGAAGACGAAGUGUCUAACUACCACACCGUAGGGAUCCCAUAUGGUCCACGAUACAACGCCAAAAAGAUCGAAAAGCUUCUUUUCACAAAGGACCUCUUGCUGAAUGCCGAGUGGAACAGACCGAAGGACCGCGAGACAAAGUUGCAUCGCCAUCCAGCAUUCUUCGGCUUUGUCAAUGAUGUGAUUCAUGACUGUUGCGGCUUCUGUCCUCAGCCAACAACAGAUGCAGAUCUCGCAGCCUAUGAAGAGGAGAGCAAGAUCUAUAUCGCUGGGGAUCUUACAUUCCUCAAAGACGACCCUGGAAGACAGGCUAUUGGCAGCUUCAAUCCAAUCACUGAUGAUGAUUGGACCGAAAUGGCAUAUGUUGGCAACACCACAAGACUCUGCCAAGCUAUCGUCGACCAAGAUCUAGAAGCUGUCAGGGACUGGUUCUCCUCUCCCGAAGUGGUCGACGUGAAUCGGCGUGACCAUACAGGCCGGACACCUUUGCAUUUGGCUACUAUGUGUUCAACUCCCGAGAUAGUCCAUUGUCUUAUUGAACAUGGUGCCCGUCUUGUUUCCAGGUUGUACAAUGGCAUGACAGCUUUGCAUAUUGCAGCUCAUCGCGGUGAUACUCGAAUGGUCAAAGAUAUUCUAGAGAAGAGUUCAGCCAAUGAGGAAGAAGAAUCACAAAAGGAAGAGGCUAGGAAGAAACAGCGCAGAGCCGCAGCAUCUAAAGCCGCAGAUGAGCAACCAGCGCAGCCAGACAGCGAAAGCACUAAUUCGUUCGAGUCUGAUGAAGACAUGGACGAAGACGAGGAUGACGAAGACGAAGACGAAGACAUGACCGAAGGAUCCUUCGUCAAGGUCCGUGGCGGCGAGGAUACGCCAGAUGCCAUGGCAGAAAACAAAGAUGAGCCAGAUAUCUUUGACAUUGACGUGCUUGCCUGGGACAGUCCUCUGUCUCCCCUUCACCUCGCUAUCCUGGCUGGCCACACUCAUAUGAUCGAUUUAUUGAUCGACGAAUAUGGUGCUGACGUUCUCUUGCCGGUAAAGAUCUUGGAUAGCUAUGACAGAAAAUCAGCACGUGCGGCAAUCCUCACAAUUGUACUCGCCCUUGAACUUCCCCUGCAACGAGCCAACGAAACAGUCAAGAGUCUUAUCUCCCAUGGCGCAAGUGCAGUCCAGGCAGACAUGAGCCAUACCACAGCUCUUCAUUUCGCAGUUAGUCACGCCAAAACACUGAUUCUGGAGACGCUACAAGCCGCCGACUCGACGGCAUUUUCGAAGGCUUGCAAUUUCCUGGCCGUUUCGGGAUGGUACUCUCACCCGUCAGUCAAGGCACCUAUCAUCACAGCCAUUCGGGCCCGGAAUAUGGAAGUUGUUCAAACUUUACUAAAGGCUGGGGCGCAUCCACAUGUUGAUUUGGAGACAUUUGUCCAAGCUUUCAAACGAGGCAUCACAGGACGUAUAAUAGACGACCCCGAGCAGAUUCAAUCAAUCUUCCAACAACACGUGGAACAACCAAUUACUGUUGCUCUCAACAUGGAAAUGAUAGAUCUUGUCGACCAGCUAGUUGACAUGGGAGAAGAUGUCAAUACCUUGCCCACUUCUGCCUAUCAGUUCCUUGGCGCUCAAUACUGGAGAGGAGAGCCCAAGGCAUUACUGGAUCUCGUCCGGGACAAAAUCAAAUCUCUGGAAAAAUCUCUGCACUCGGCAACCGAAGCAGAAUUGGAAAAACCCAAAUCAUUAGGGAAUGAUGAAAAGUAUCUGGCUUUUGACAAAGGGACCUAUCAAUAUUGGAUGGCAUAUCAUGAUCUUCGUGAGGCAAAGGUCGCCGAAAAGUAUCAACGAAAGGAAUACGAAAAGCAACUCGCUGCUUCCAAACAGUCCGAAGACGGAAGUAAGGAGAAGGAUGCUGCGAUCAGAGACACUCUGUCAAAGCUGACGAAAUUGGAACAAAAACUUGUCGCCAAAGGCGGCAAAUCCUUCCACGAGUUGCACAAGGUUGAGGACUCGAAGAAUAAUCAGAGGCCAAAUAUUUAUGCCUACCAUUCCGAACCAAGCUUCAAAAAUGUGCCAUAUGAAACAAAGAUCUCAUUCAGGGUUGCUGAUCUUACACCGGAGAAAAAUGCCAAAUACAUCAAGCUCUUUGAGGCGGCUUGGACUGGUGAUGCCGCUACUGUUCGGUCACUCUGCUUGGAAGGCUCGCAGCCUCUUGCAGUGGCGAUCUCGGAUUAUCGCUCGUUCACUCCAUUCUCCAUUGCGGUGCUGCGGGGACAUCUUGACCUGGCGACCCUGAUCGUUGAAAUAGCCACAGCUCAGUAUCAGCCCGAGAAGAAAUCUGAACACUAUCACUACACCAUCCAGGCUACCGAAGUCGACGACGAUGACAGUGAUUACAGCGAGAGUGUGAGUUCUCAAGACAGCCGUGAAGUCAAAGUCUUGGCGCAGCUGGUGAAUGACACCUUCACUAUUGAUGAUGCAGUUGCUCUCGCAGAAAAUGUCAAGUCGAGGAUCUCCCCUGAGACCCUGGUGAAGUGGACGUGCAACGUUGAUCGUGCUCUUGCUGAAGAUAUGGGCGAACGAAGAGUCAACGACGCCUUCGGCGCCUAUCGCAGACCGACUCCCUGGCUAGGUGGGAACCUCUCAGCUCAAUCCUGGUCCUGGUUUCAUGGAGCCUUCGAUGAGAUCCAGAACAGACGCCGAGCCAGUCUUGUACGAUAUGCAAUAUUCACCAAUGACAUGGUUUUGUUGAAGUUUCUGAUCAAGACUGGCACGGCAAUAGCUGCUAACAAGGAUGAUGAAGACACUUUGAAGGUGAUGACUAUUGAUCAACUUGACUUUGAAAUGGCUAUCAGGCUGGGCAGGGUCGAGAUGGUAAGUGAGAUGAUCCGUACUACUGGAUACGGUUUGCCUUUGCAGAAGAUGUUCCAGACCUCUGGGGUCAAACUCGACGAAAAGCCACAAUACUAUCAAGGGUUGACCGUGCAUGGUAAGAAGCGACAAGACUGGGCAGACGCAAGUCGAAAGGGCGUCCACCACAAGAAGGCCGAAUUCGAUCUUGGCAUUCCACUCCUUGUUGCAGCGUUCCAAGGAAACCUUGAGUCUACAGAGUACUUCCUCUCCGACGCCCCCCUUCACCGCUACCUCGACUUCGCACAUUCUUUCCGAGAUGACAAGCACAUUCGAGCAUUGGCACAAGCCAGAGGUGGCCUUCCAGGAUCAUUGACAACUUGGCUUGGAACACACAGCGGCCUCGCACUACACUUGGCUAUUCUUUCGUCACCAAACAAGGAUGGUACUCAGCCGACUUUUGAUUAUCUUCUCGAAAAGAUGCCAGAAUCCUUGGAGCUCCGGUCGGCGGAUGGAAGCACGCCACUUCACGUUGCGUUUCAGGCCCAUCGGUACUACGCCGCGAAGAAAUUGAUCGCCGCCGGUGCGAAUCAAGCCACGAGAGACGAAAAGGGGAGAAACAUCUUGCACAGCCUCUUGGACACUUUUGAUUUCGACAAGCCCGCCUUACUACGAUCGGUCCUUGGUAUGCUUGACCAGAGUCUCGUCGGAUCGUUACUGCUUGAGCGAUGCACGGGAACCGAUCCCGGCGGACUCACUCCUAUUGCUUUGUAUCUCAAGCGUAUCAAUUCCCCGACUGGAUGGGAAGAGAGUGUGAGGAUCAUCCUUUCUUGUUCACUGGGCAAAGACCUGGAGAAGAUGGACGGGGCCGGUGAUUAUCCUCUUCACAGCCUCGUGCGUCGUGGAUCUCUCAAGCUCGUCCAGUUCCUGGUUGAGUAUAGGCCUGGGCUUCUCCACUGGGAAAAUGCAACGGGAAUGACCCCUCUCGACGUUGCAAUGGCAAUGGACCUUGGUGCACAAAUCGAACAUCCACCAGAGCUGGUGAACUCAACCAGUUGGAGCGUUGAAACUGUGCCGGCGAAGGACUUUGCAGGCAAGCACGAGAGAGUGCAGAAUGGUGAAGAGGAAGAAGAAGAAGUAGGAGAAGCAGCAGAUGACGGCUCAGGCCGAAGCAUCAAUUGGCAGGUGUAUCGACUUGUCGAAUCUCUCGUGGCCAAAUACCCCGCCAAGAGGAAGCUGGUCGGUCUCCAUGACGCGAACGAAGUUGCAAAACGGCUUGCGGUUCAGCAGCAGAAAAAGAAUGCCGAGAUGCGACGCCGUGAGAAACUCGGCAUGAAUGCUGGAAGUGGUCGCGGUUACUAUCAUCAGUAUCGAUACCAGAACCAAGACAGUACAGCGGGAACACAAGACGAAAUCAGCCAGAACUUUGCCAAGGCGAUGACGUUUAUUCCCUGGGAUGAAAUGGUUUGGAGGAUGAACGAGGCUGGCGAAAAGGACAUUGAGCAUGAGUACACAAGAAAUAUGGAAUAGUGAAUGGGUGGACUGAUCACAAUGCGAUGAGUUCAUUCUGUUGUACGAGUAUGGAAUGCCGAAUGGUAAGCAUUGCAUCAUUUCGAUUCUUUCCAAAUUUCU